GAGGUGUCCCUGCCCAGGGCAGGGGGUUGGAACUUGAUCAUCUUUGAGGUCCCUUCCCACCCAAACCAUUCCAUGAUUCCAUGAUUCAGGUUGUGGGUGGAAGGGCCCACAGCGGUUGGAGAUGGCGGUGACGUUCGAGGAGGUGGCCAUCUACUUCUCCCCCGAGGAGUGGGCCGAGCUGGGGGGCUGGCAGCGGCGGCUCUACCGGGAGGUGAUGCUGGAGAACUACCAGGCGGUGGCCGAGCUGGGCUGGUGCCCCGUCAAGCCGGAGAUCAUCUGCCAGAUGGAGCGAGAAGAGACGCCGUGUGUGCCAGACCCCCCUGGGGCACGGCGCAGCCGCGGGACCCCUGAGCCAGCAGACGGUGAUGUCCAGACGCAGAGGGAGGAUGGGGGGCUCCUCCAAGGGCUGUCAGACCCCACCAGCCGGCUCCCAGGGCGGCCCGAGCAGGACGGGAGGUGGUCGGGGGGCCUCCAGGCCAAGCUGCUGCCACCCCAGCUCCCCCACGGCCCCUCAGACCCCAAGAGACCCCAUGUGUGUGUCAAGUGUGAGAAGAGCUUCGGCAAGAUCCAGGACCUGAGGAGGCACCAGCAGACGCACACGGCGGCGCGGCCCUUCUCCUGCCGGCAGUGCAGCCGCCGCUUCCGGCUGAAGCAGGUCCUGGUGUCUCACCAGAAGGUCCACAGUGGGGAGAAGCCCUUCGGCUGCGCCGACUGCGGGAAGCGCUUCACCCAGAAGCACCACGUGUUGAUCCACUGGCGCAUGCACAGCGGCGAGAAGCCCUUUGCCUGUGGCCACUGCGACCGCCGCUUCAGGCAGAAGUACCACCUGGUCAGCCACGAACGGGUACACACCGGGGAACGUCCCUUCGCCUGCCCCCACUGCCCCAUGGCCUUCAGGGACAAACAGAUCCUCACCAUCCACCAGCGGGUCCACACUGGGGAACGUCCCUUCGCCUGCCCCCGCUGCCCCAAGGCCUUCAGGCGCAAGCAGACCCUCACCAACCACCAGCGGGUCCACACUGAGGAGCGCCCCUUCGCCUGCGACCGCUGCCCCAAGACCUUCAAGGACAAGACGGCCCUCAGCGCCCACCAGCGGGUCCACACCGGGGAGCGUCCCUUCGCCUGCACUCUCUGCCCCAAGCUCUUCAGGAAACGGGGGGCUCUCACUGACCACCAGCGGGUCCACUCCGCAGAGCGCCCCUUCUCCUGUUCCAUUUGCCCCAAGACCUUCAAGGCCAAGAAGGCCCUCAUCGUCCACCAACGGGUUCACACCAUAGAGUGCCCCUUCGCCUGUGCCCACUGCCCCAAAGCCUUCAGGGACAAGAAGUCCCUCACCAUCCACCAGUGGGUCCACACCGGGGAGCGUCUCUUUGCCUGCGCCCACUGUCCCAAGGCCUUCAAACACAAGAAGACCCUCACCGUCCACCAGCGGGUCCAUACCGGGGAGCGCCCCUUCACCUGUGCCCACUGCCCCCAGACCUUCAAGAAGAAGAAGACCCUCACCGUCCACCAGCUGGUCCACACGGAGGAGCGCCCCUUUGUCUGCACCCACUGCCCCAAGGCCUUCAAGCAGAAGCAAGCCCUCACCGUCCACCUGCGGGUCCACACCGGGGAGCGCCCCUUUGCCUGCAGCCACUGUUCCAAAGCCUUCAAGCAGAAGCAAGCCCUCACCGUCCACCUGAGGGUCCACAACGGGGAGCGCCCCUUUGCCUGCCCCCGCUGCCCCAAGGCCUUCAAGCAGAAGCAAGCCCUCACCAACCACCAGCGCAUCCACAACGGGGAGCGCCCCUUCGCCUGCCCCUGCUGCCACAAGGCCUUCAGGGACAAGCAAGCCCUCGCCGUCCACCAAGGAGUCCACACUGAGGAGCGCCCCUUCGCCUGCGGCCGCUGCGGCAAGGCCUUCAAGUACAGGAACACCCUCACCACCCACCAGCGGGUCCACAACGGCGAGAAGCCCUACAAGUGCGGCCAGUGCAGCAAGACCUACAGCUGGAAGAACGGCCUGAGUCGCCACCAGCAGGUGCACCAGGGACCACUGGCCAUGCCCGAGGGUGGCCCGCAGGAGGAGGGGGUCCACUCCCAGCUUGGGGGGCAGGCGAAGGCCAAGCCCUUCCAGUUGAGCAGCUGUGAGGAGCAGUUUCAGGGUGACGGGGUCCUGGUAGACCACCAGUGCAACCACGGCCCCCCCAGCCUGUUGCCACCCCCACAGUCUGGGACCCCUGAAACUGCCACUCUGGGGUUCACAGCUCGUCCUGGUUCGCCAUCCCUCGCCGUAGAAGCUGUGAGUCUGUGGUGGGAGCAGCAAGACCCCUCAUCCCUCCUUGAUGGGGGGUUUCUACCUCCUCCGCCUCGCCCUGGAACCCAACCGGCUGUUGACCAAGCUGCCCAUGGCCAUGGGCCUUCUCGGGGGUCGGUGAGGACGGAGGGUGAGCGCAAGGUGGCUGAAAGGCAUCGCCCCCACCCCGGGUCGGGCGGGAGCCCUUUGCAGGAGGGUGAGGAGGAAGGAAGGGCUUCGGGCUGCGUUGGUCCCGAGGAGGAGGAAGGUGCUGCCCGGGAGCAGGGAGUGGGGCCGAGCAUCACACGUGGUUGAGGACACGUGCGGCCACGGCUGGGACCCACCUCCAUCCCACACCUCCAGUGGCCUCCAUGAAGUAAUAAACAUCGUGUCCUACACUUUU